UAUGCAGACGCAGCAGACGCACACGCAGCGUGGAUGAGCAACUUGGAAGCGCUUGACGGAUGCCUGGAGUCAGAGUGAGAGAAGACGACCUGCCGACUGACUUCCGAUGCCGCUGCGGCCAUGGGCUGCUUCCUCAGGAACCUGCUGCUCCUGCCUCACGCGCUCCGGGCCAUUGCCUUUGCACGCGCGACUGCCGCGCACCUCCACGAACGCGCCGACGAGGAAGUCGCAUCGACGCCGGCGCCCAUCGCCUUCACGCCCGACCAGAACUGGGAUGGCAUCGACGGCGAGUGGUCGUCCUUCACCCUCCGCGUCGGCACGCCGCAGCAGUUUGUGCGCACGCUGGUGUCGACGGCCUCGUACCAGACGUGGGUAGUGCUGCCGCAGGGCUGCGAGGCGGCCGCAGACUACGAAGCGUGCGCCGAGUCGCGAGGCUGGAUCUUCCAGAGCAACGAGUCGUCGACGUGGGAGGAGAAGGGCAUCUACGACCUGUGGAUCCAGAAGAACCUGGGCUAUGGCGGCAACGCCAUCUACGGCUACGACACCGUCGGUCUGGGAGGACAGGGCGAGGGCGGGCCGACGCUGCUCAACACGACAGUGGGAGGCUUUGCGGUCGAGGACUUCUAUCUCGGCGUGUUUGGCGUGAAUCCCAAGCCCACCAACUUCACCUCCUUCGACAAUGGCUCGCCCAGCUACAUGACCCUGCUGAAGGAGCAGAAGCACAUUCCCAGCCUGUCGUUUGGCUACACCGCCGGGGCGAGAUACCGCUUCACUGGUGUUCUGGCCUCGCUCACCCUUGGCGGCUACGACACAUCCCGGUUCGUGGAGAACGAUCUCGUCUUCACCUUCGCUGCCGACAACGAACGCGACCUUCUGGUGGCCAUCACUUCGAUCGCGACCCCCUCAGAUACGGAAUCCUCACCCAUCGCGACGGAGCUUCUCCCCAGUCCGGUGUAUGCGUACAUUGACAGCACCGUGCCCGAGAUAUGGCUGCCCGUCGAAGCGUGCCAGGCCUUUGAGCUCGAGUUCGGCAUCGUCUACGACAACACUACCAACCUCUACCUGGUGAAUGAGACGCUUCACGAUGCCUUGCUGGAGCGGAACGCGACUGUGACCUUUACACUGGCACAAAAUCCUUUCACCGAACCCACCGUCAAGAUCACCCUUCCAUAUGCAUCUUUCGACCUCACUGCGAAGCCACCUUACAAGGGCCUGGUCAACAACACGCGCUACUUCCCACUGCAGCGCGCUCAGAAUGACACCCAAUACACUCUGGGCCGCGCCUUCCUGCAGGAGGCCUAUCUUGCUGUAGACUGGGAGUCGGCGACGUUCAAUGUCUCGCAAGUGCUGUGGAGUCAGUCUCCACAGCAGCACCUGGUGCCGAUCAUUCCAAGUAUCAAGUCGGAUAGACUCCCAUCGGGCGGUGAUGAUGGGGCGUCAUCCAGCUUGUCCACUGGCGCUAUUGCUGGCGUUUCUGUAGGCGCCGUGGCAGCAGUUGCCUUGGUCGGAGUCCUGUUGCUGUUCUGGGUCCGGCGAAGGAGACGCACGGCGGCAGCCAGAGAGGCGGCAAAUGAGAAACUCGAUUCCGAUUCCAACAGUGGUACUCAAGUUGAGGUUACGAGGAGCGGGAGUGAAUAUCGGAAGGCAGAGCUAGACGGAACGUCCGCGUCAGCUUACAGCGACAACAAGCGCUUGCUAUCCUCACAAGGUGCAGCGCCUCGGACACCAACGUCUGUGCAUCCAUCCAGUCCUGGAUACGUGAUGAGCGUUGCGGGACUCUCUACUCCCACCACUCCUGGUUUUGGGUAUGGCACUUACUCAAGUUCACAGAGUGGCGCUCUCUUCUCGCCAAUAUCAGAGACGGUCAGCGAAGCAGACAGCCGAGAGCGCCAUGUCUACGAAAUGCCCGGCGAUAUGCCCGCGAUACGAGAGAAGGACGGGAAAGCCUUAAGCGAGAAGGAGGCUCUGCAGUAUCGUGAGCAGGUCUACAAUGGCAUUGUAUCGACCACACCCACAACGCCAGAGGGCCCUCGAGAAGGGCAACGGGAGCCACGACGAAUCAACCCGGAGGACGUAGUAAAAACAGGAGAAAGUGCUGAAGCCCGUGACGAGACCAAACACAAACGCUUCUCCUUCGAAGGUGUCACAAGCGAACGAGAACUCUACGACUAAUAUGAACAACAACUGCUUGACUUUUUGAUAAUGACAUAGCAAGGCGCCCGGAGUUACACGAGAUACCAUGGGCAAACAGUACAUAACGCUACAAAGUUUAUAAGCUUGAGCAACAACGCCAAGCAAUGUCAACGACAGUGUAUACAGAACAGAAUUUCCAGCACGUCAGUCCAACAUCUACUUGCGCUUUCGGGUAAGCA